UCACACCACAACUUCUCUUAAUUUUAUUUCUAACAACUAUGUUUUAGUUAGAUAAGAGCUGCAAAAAUCAUAGUUAACCAGUAACUUAAUUUACUUUAUAAAAGAAUUUAUCUUAAACUUUUAGUGUAUCGUUGCCGUUUGGCGAAAUGAUGGACUUGUUUAGGACGCUGAGAGAUAUUUGUUAAUGUAAAUUAUUUGCGUUUUGGAUUGCUGAGUGAUGGAGUGUGAAGAGCUCUUUUCCAUUUAGUACUAAAAUACUAAAAUAAACACCGUUGAAUAUUAAAUAAAUCUUUAAAUGUGCAAUAUCUGAUUAACCGCUUACGUUCAAACAAUUCCACGAUAUGAGCGAUUUUAUUAUCGGUGGUUUGGCCUCUGUGGGGACCAUACUAUUCACGAAUCCACUGGAGGUGAUUAAGACGCGCUUACAACUGCAGGGUGAGUUAGCCGUGCGCGGGACCUACGAUGUUCGCUAUAGGGGUAUAGUGCAUGCCUUUGUGACAGUUAUCAAAAAUGACGGUUGGACUGGACUGCAAAAAGGGCUGGUGCCGGCAAUGUACUUUCAAUUUACAAUAAAUUCAAUACGACUUGGGAUGUACAACGCCGCAGUCAAUAGGCAGUGGACUCGCACGAAGGAUGGUGGAGAAUCAUUUGGAUUGGGGCUCUUUUGGGGCGCUGCUGGUGGUGCAGUAGGCGCCUAUUGUGCCAGUCCAUUUCUAAUGAUAAAGACUCAGCUGCAGUCACAAGCGGCCAAGAACGUGGCUGUAGGAUAUCAGCAUCAUCACACUGGAAUGUUUAACGCCAUGAAGCAGAUUUAUCUAAGUGGUGGACUUGCAGCAUUGUGGCGUGGUUCUAUAGCCUCCAUACCACGGGCUUCUAUUGGUUCGGGCGCACAAAUCGCCACGUUUGGCAAAACAAAAUCAAUGCUCCGCGAACACAAUUUAGUUGUACAACCAACAUUAAACUCAAUGUGUGCUGCUUUCUUGGCUGGUUGUGUUGUAACACUGGCAAUCACGCCGCCGGACGUUAUAUCGACACGGCUCUACAAUCAGGGUUUGGAUGCUAAUGGCAAAGGCUUAUUAUAUAGCGGUUGGUGGGAUUGCUUUUUCAAAAUAGCGCAAAGCGAAGGUUUAUAUGGUCUCUAUAAGGGCUUUUGGGCAAGCUACUUACGAUUUGCUCCGCACUCAGUCCUUUUGCUGGUAUUUUUCGAUGAACUGUUAGCUUUGAAACAAAAGUAUCAAAUGCGACAUAAAACUGUAAAUAAAGCAUAGGCGAAAUACUUAAACCAAAUUACAACUAGGGAAGCUAUACAAUUUAACGGAAUCCUUCCUUCCUUCGUUUAUAAAACGAUAUUUCCUAAUUCGGAUAUUCUACAUUACAGUUGCGAGAACACUUAGCAAUGUAUGCAAUGUACAAAACCAUUUAUUAAGUAAAUAUUAUUAGUAAUAUGUAAAAUAUAUACAUACAUACCUGUUUAUAUGUAUGUAGGUAGAAUGAAGAAAAAAAAAUCGAUUUUAGGACUAGAAUGCACUGUUUUUUUUUCUUUUUAACGGUUUUAAAAAUAAUUUGGUAAAGUAGCAUAAAAUGUUAUUGCGUAGUUAUGUUCCGUUGGUUUUAUCAAAUUACCUAAAUUUAACAUUUUGUUCUUCAUCUUAAGUCUACAAUCAAGAAGUCCAAAAUUAUAGUUGCUCAUAAAUACAUGUUUUUAAACUCGGUCAAUAUAUAACAAGUUGAAUUCCUAAUGUGUUGUAUAUCUGUCAAUCAAAAUUUAUAUGAAUAUGAAUAUAAAGAAAUAUGUUUUCAUAUGUGCUUUAGUUUAAGUAAAUAAAAUCACUCCGAGCCGUACCUAUCCUUCCAUAUACGCAGUAUUUUUGAUUUUCUUUGUAUAUAUGUAUCUGACAAUAUGAUUGAUAUUUAAUUAAAAUAAAGUGAACACGUUUUCUUAAUCACAA